AUGGCUACCCUCCUCCCCAUUCCCCAACCUCCAUCAAUACCAUUAAUAGGCAACAUAACAUCGUUGGACAAAGACUUACCGACGCGCGGAUUUCACCGACUCGCCAAACAGUAUGGCGAAAUAUAUCAACUCAAUCUUGUUGGCAGGGUCGUGGUUUUCGUGAGCUCCUACGCCCUUGUCAACGAGCUGUCGGAUGAUUCGAGAUUCCGGAAAUCAGUCGGUAGCGGUGCACUCAAAGAGACACGGAAUCUUGUUCACGACGGAAUCUUCACGGCUUUCAAUGAUGAACCUAACUGGGCCAUUGCACAUCGCCUUCUUACACCCGCUUUCGGCGCGGUGCCGAUUCGCGAUAUGUUUGAAGAUAUGCGUGAUAUCAGCUACCAACUUGUUCUGAAAUGGGAACGGUCACUUCAUUCUAAUUCAUUCAGUCAAAUCAUCGACUUAAUGAUUUGCAGAUUUGGCCCGAAUCUCGAGAUUGACCCGACAGAUGAUUUGACACGAGUAGCUCUAGACACAAUUGCUCUGUGCUCUAUGUCGUAUCGACUGAACUCUUUCUACACACACACACAGCCCGUUUUUGUUCGCGCGAUGAUGGAUUUUCUUACGGAGUGCAACCGUCGUGCCAACCGACCAGGCUUUAUACAGGCUUUCAUGACGAACACGAAUGAUAAAUACGAGACAGACAUCAGAAUUCUGCGUGAAACGGCAGACAAAAUUGUUGCUGAUAGAAGAUUAUAUCCGACAGAGAAGCGGGACAUUCUUUACUCCAUGAUGAACGAGAAGGAUCCCAAGACGGGGUUGAAACUUUCCGACGAGAGUAUUACCAACAAUCUUCUGACAUUCCUCAUCGCAGGGCACGAGACGACAUCUGGAGUCUUGUGCUUCGUGAUAUACUACCUGUUGAAGCAUCCUGAUGUGAUGCGUAAACUCCAGAAAGAAGUUGAUGGGAUUCUUGGGGACGAGCCUGCUCAGUUGGGUGAUUUCAGCAAGAUGCCUUAUCUCAAUGCUGUACUAAGGGAAACGUUACGCCUACAACCUACAGCGGCCAUACGAGUGGUGUAUCCACCUGAGGACACCGUCAUUGGCAGAGGCAAAUAUUUUGUCAAAGCUGGUCAAGCAAUCGCUCUCCAGAUAUGGGACUCACAUAGGGAUCCUUCUGUGUGGUCUGACGAUGCUGAAGAAUUCCGACCUGAAAGAAUGCUGGAUGGAAAAUUCGAGGCGGCACCGCCUAAUGCCUGGCAACCUUUUGGUUUUGGGCUUCGGGGGUGUAUUGGUCGCCCGUUCUCAUGGCAAGAGAUGUCACUUGUGAUAACGUCCAUCAUACAGCGACUUGACUUGUCGCUUGUCGAUCCUUCAUAUACUUUGGAAAUUACGCAAGCCAUCACUAUCAAGCCCAAGAAUCUUCGAAUAUAUGCCAAGCCGCGACAGCAGCAGCUUCCUCGACGUCGUUCUUUGACGCCAGACAGAAAGAUAGAUUGUCCAGUAUCACUCCUGGAAUCGAAUCGUCAUCUGAAGCGUCCGCUGUAUGUUUACUACGGCUCCAAUACCGGGAGCUCCGAAGCUUUUGCUCGAACCAUCGCCAGAGAAGCUCAUGAACACGGUUUUCGCUCGUCGAUUGGGACUCUUAAUUCUACGGUUGGUCAUCUGCCAACAGAUGGUCCUAUUGUGAUCGUCACUGCGUCAUUCGAAGGAGAGCCGGCGGACAACGCGAAUCAGUUCGUUCCUUGGAUGACAAGUCUCCUCGGCCAUGAGCUGGAUGGAAUACGUUUUGCCAUAUUUGGAUGUGGUAACCACGAAUGGAGAAAGACAUACCAGCGGAUUCCUAGGCUAUGCGAUGUCCUACUAGAGAAACGAGGCGGACGUCGACUGAUUGAUAGGGGGGAAGGAGAUGCCGCGGAUGGGAACAUAUUUGAUGUGUUUGAGCAGUUCAAGACAUCCUUAUGGGAUGUUCUUUCCAGAGAAUAUCAUGCUUUACAUGAUAGGAGUUUAUUUGAUGUACAGGUUCUAGAUAGUCGAAGAGCUGAGAUCCUCCAGCAUUCUGAGAUGACUUUGAGCUGUGUGCGAUCGAAUGUGUUGUUGACUCGGUCUGGCUUUCCCGCCAAGCACCAUAUCGAGCUUGAGUUACCCCAUGGAAUGACCUAUCGUGUUGGAGAUUACUUAUCUAUCUUGCCGCAAAAUCCACCUCGGGAUAUACAUCGUGUGUUUUCCCAUUUCAGGUUACCUUUUGACCAAGAGGCUAGUAUUAGAAUUUCAGCGCCGGGUACGGCCCUCCUUCCUGUAGGAGAACGUGUACCUCUGUCAAGCAUUCUCAGCGAAUUUGUUGAGCUCUCACAACCUGCCACAAAAGACGACAUAGUCAGCCUCUUGGAUUUCGCAAGAUCGGAUUCUUCUCGACGUUAUCUCCGUGAUCUGAUGGCUAACCACACCCACCUUGUGACAUCGAAACGACUUAGCGUUCUCGACAUUCUGGAGCAGCAAGAUGUAGACCACAUAGAUCUUCCUCUGGUUAAAUUUAUUCGUAUGCUUCCUUCAAUACGACCAAGACAAUAUUCAAUCUCCUCAUCACCGCUAUGGAAUAGUCGUCGUGUUUGUCUUACAUUCAGCGUCCUCGACUCCCCUCCUCUCUGCACGUCCAAAACCCGCUCAUUUUUGGGUGUAGCCUCUAAUCAUCUCGCAAACCUUCAUACGGGAGACCAGGUCCUGGUCACAGUCAGACGAUCCGUUGCCAAUUCUCACUUGCUGUCGGACCCUUCCCGGAACUUGGUGAUGAUCUGUGCUGGAUCUGGUUUCGCGCCAGUAAGAGGGUUCAUCCAAGAGCGUGCAAUGCGGAAGCGAGCAGGUGAAGCUGUCGGAAAAAUGCUGCUCUUCGUGGGAUGCAGAUCCCCUGAUGGAGAUUUCCUGUAUUCUGAUACGGAUUUAAAGGAGUGGGUGGACAUUGGACUAGUGGAUGUCCGGGUAGCGUUCUCUCAGUGCCCCGAUAAAUCUCAACAAUGCUGUUAUGUACAAGAUCGCAUUUUGUUAGACAAAACCGAGAUGCGAGAUGCCCUAUUGGGAGAUGCCCUUUUUUUCGUUUGCGGUUACAAGCGGGUUGUGAGUGCUGUGAAGAAUACGUUGACUGUGUUGUUACUGCCUGAAGGAGUCUCAGGUCCUGGGAGUCUCGCACAGGCUUCGGUGGAGUUAGACAAUCUCCUCGCAGAGAGAUACUUCACAGAUGUCCUUGAGUAG